GGCCACUCAGAAAACGUCGUACAUUUCUGCUGCAUAAAACUUGAUCUAGUCACUAACACAAGAAUGACACAUCCCAAAUACGCCAUGUAAUUAGGAACCAGUGAAAGCUUGAGUAAUAUCCCAAAAAAGUGAGGAGGAUGCACAAUCUUACGUGAACAAUCUGUUUCCUUGUAGUUACCGACUGUAAACAGGCAUUCAGUGACAUGGAAGUUUUACCCAGGGUACUUGAAUGCAGCAUUACUGUUAGUUAGGUGCACGGUGUUGAAAUCCAGACCAACGUCGACUAAUGAAAUAAACCCCCUGACAGAGUAAAAACUACCGUAGUUAAGUAUGUAUAUUCGCAAUAUUUUACGAACACAGUUGGUGGGGACCAGAGGGGUUUGGUUCAGCCGUCUGCAGCACGUUUUACGAGCCGAGAGACCCCUCUGCACCAAAGGCGACGAGGUGAAGUUGGCAGAGGAGGCCAGCAAGAAGUACGGCUCUCCAGCUCCCACCAUCUUUUCCAAAGUCAUUGACAAAAGCAUCCCAGCUGAUAUUAUUUAUGAAGACGGCAAGUGUUUGGCAUUCAGGGACAUCAGCCCACAGGCCCCUGUUCACUUCUUGGUCAUUCCAAAGGUCAAUAUACCCAGAAUAAGUGACGCCAAAGAUGAUGAUGCUGAGCUCUUGGGACAUUUGCUGGUUGUUGCUAAAAAUGUGGCAAAGCAAGAAUCCCUGCACGAUGGCUACAGAGUGGUGAUCAACGACGGGAAGCAUGGAGCUCAGUCAGUCUACCACCUUCACAUCCACGUGCUGGGGGGAAGGCAGAUGAGAUGGCCGCCCGGAUAAUUUAGCCUCCACACACCUGAUGUCGUCUCAGGAUCUCCAGCCUAAGUUUAGUUUUGCUACCAUCAGAUUACAGCUGUCCAUAUAGAUACUCUACAAACAUUUUCUGUAAAAAAAAGAAUUUAAAAAAAGAAAGAAAACAAAUCACCAUUUCUAAUGUGGAUAUUUGAUUUUGGCUAGUGUAAAACGUCAUGGCCUUAAAUAAAAACACAGUUUCUCAAUGAAAUGUUGAAACCUCCGUUUCUUAACCAUGACUUGGUGUAUGUCCCUUGAAGAUUAAUUGUUUAGACGAAGGACCUGAGAUGAAUACAGAAGAUCUCGGACAAAAGUCAGCUCGAUUAAUAAAAUGUCAAAUGAAAAUGUAAAAAUGCUGAAUCAG